CAUMAAAUUAUGGAAAAAAACUUGGUACGAGUUUGUGCUCGCAGGUACAGAAGCAAUUUCGUUGUUGCUUUUCGCGCGCGUGUAUUUUUCUUGAUGUUGUAUKACGAGGACAUGGAGCUGUCUUGAAGACAAGCCAUCAUCAUCGUUGUGAAGUGGUCUCCGCACUAACUGCGCUAGAAUGGUUGAAGAUUACACACCCUUCUCGAACAAUGUUGUGGGAGAUGGCUGCGGGGUUCCAUCGGUUGCCGUCCAAUGGAUUGUCGAUAACGCAUUCACCAACGUAGAACUUGCCAUACUCUCCAAUGUUUGUCGUGGUUGGAGAGAGAUSGCAGCGCAAUGCAUUGUCGACGCUGCAUCACUUGAGAUGRCCAAAGAGAAAUAUUCGGUGUCGCCARCAUUCAGUUCUUUGCUAYUGCCGUCAAUCGUUCGACAUUUCUACUCUGUGCGCACGGAUUUGCGGGCAAGACCAUCCAAAUCGGAGCUGGAGCAGGAGGAAGAGAAAAGGCAACGAGACGAGACGUAUUGUGUGGCCUGGUUYCAUCCAGAUGGUAUUAAAUUCGAGCAGCUGUCAAUAGUUAAACCGAGUCCAGAAAGUUGCGAAGAAGAUGAACAGCCUAAUCCGGGUGGCACCCCAAAAUCUCAGGCCGAGGCAAUGGAUCCGUCUUCCAGCAAUCACAAGCACUUGUUUACGAAAAGCAAUUUGCGACUGAAUCAAAGUCUUGCGGCAUCAACAAGGCCCGAGUCGUGUCCAGCUAGUGACAAUAUCAUGGACUGGGGAUGUAGUGUUUUGUACCAGUGGGAUGGUUACAGCGAGGCUAUUGAUGUCCUGUCCCCUUUUGGUUACACUCRCUGUUUCCUUCGAGUAAGUUCGGUAUUCAACUCGAGAUGGAUCUAUGACAUAUUUCUCUUUCAUGGCCAUAGAAUAAGAUGAUCCACAAACUCAACAUACUAUCCUUUUCCUUCGGUCAUGAAAUAGAGAAUACUCGAAAAAACUCAGGAAAAAUCUUUUAGUGAAAGGCCAACUGGUGUAAAAGGGGACMAACGCGGAUUGGAUGUCGAUCAAGCCGAUAUCUUGCCGUCAUCCUCUCCUUGGGCAUUUCCUACAAGAUGCGACAGUACAUACUCAUCAUGUGCCGUUCGUGGUGCAACUUAUGCUCGGCCCGAAGGAUACUGCCAGUGCUGGGAUAAUGACUCGUUUGAUCCUUCGCAUUCAAAGGAUGAGGCUUGGACGAGAAAGAGAAAUAAUCGUCGAAAAGAGCUCCAACGAGAGGUACGACGAUUAUGGACCGUGAUCAAUACGAAUYGAUAUGAAUCUACCGUUCUGAAAAUGUCUGUAUCCUUCUUUCUUACCUGAUGAAUAUUUGUAUCAUUGUACUUUUUUCUUUUUCGUGAACGUUGUACUGUAGGUUCUACCAAAGGUCUUGUGGAGUAAACACGACGACAAGGACAUGGGAGGAUGUGGUGGAAUUUACCGCCCUUGUAUUCAAUUCCUUAACAUUGAUUCCACCAAUGCAGUUCGAUUGUUUACACCUAAAUUCAAGACGCCAGUGUUUACCCCUUUGACUAUCUUCUGUGUGGCCAUUGCAACAGAGGACGGUUGCUUUUUCUCUGGAUUGGAGCAAAGGUUUGAAAUGGGACACAUGCACCCCACGAAAGGUAACAUCGAAAUUAACGACGAACGAAGUCCCAUCUGUCUGAAUGCGAGCUAUACCAACUGYAAAGUUUGCCGAUUAAAAGAUAAUUUGCAAGGAAUGGAUAGCACYAWAAAAUAUCAAGAAAUGGACGUUGGCCGUACCGACGCCAUAUUCUUGGAUCCAAGUUGCAAAUGCUUUCGUCCGUCGACCAACGUAUCUGAGGAGGAAUCAGAGGAAGAAUCCGAAGAAUUUGAUGACGACAGUUUUGCAGACUUUUUGCUAUCUGCCAACCAAGAAGGAGACGAAUCUAUGAAUGAUUGUGACGACGACGACGACGACGACGACGACGACGACAGCGAUUGUGAACAUAUUGUCCGUGGUCGUCUCGGACCCGGAAUGUGGCAUUGCUAUGUAGGAGUUUUUGAUGGUAUCAAAAGUAUAAUUCGUAUAGAUGGAGAAGAAGAACCAACAUCUGGUGCUUCCGCAAUACCGCCAUCGUUUCAAGCUUGCCUAGACGGUAUCAYGAUCGGUUCGGAUCAUGUGUUCGAUAUGACGCUAUGCUUUGGGGAAGGAUCCGAUGGAGAAGGGGAGGGUGCCAUGUCGGAAUUGGUUCUUUUCAAGGGUCGCUUGCAAGACGCAGAUAUCAAGUCGUUGGAGUCGCACCUCAUGAAAAAACAUGGGAUUCCAGUUCCCUUCCGACCCAGGAACGAACGAGUGAACGAUGAUUAUUACUCACGAUUGGCUCAUACCUUAAUGGAUCAGUCACCGUCCACAUAUGUAAACAGGAAGAGAGGCGGAGGAGUGGAAGGCAAAUCUGUCCCGCUUCGUUACAUGACAGAGCUACGACACGUAGCAUGGAAACAGAAAGACAAUGUCACCGGACGGCCACGUUCGAUUCGCCGGAUAGGGGCUUCGCAUCGAAAGGGUUCCAUAAGUGAAUGGUGAUGGCACUAGCGCACAUAUUUGACAUUGUUCUUUCUAUCUAAUAUUUCAUCAUAACAAUACUGUGAAAGACCAAAGCAAUCUACARUUGAUCUAAUUAAAUGCCAAUGGCAACA